AGAUCGAAAGAGACGAGAUUGUGCUCCGACGUGUUAUUGGGGCUAAGAAAGACCAGUACUUUUUAAACAAGAAGAUGGUCCCUCGCUCAGAUGUCAUGAACCUGCUUGAGUCUGCUGGAUUCUCAAGGUCCAAUCCUUAUUACAUUGUCAAGCAAGGAAAAAUCAAUCAAAUGGCCACUGCUCCUGACUCCCAGAGGUUGAAGUUAUUAAGAGAAGUUGCUGGUACUAGGGUAUAUGAUGAACGUAAAGAAGAGUCCACCACUAUUUUGAAAGAAACGGAAGGCAAGAUUGAAAAGAUACAAGAAUUCUUACGGACAAUAGAAGAAAGGUUGAAGACAUUGGAAGAAGAAAAGGAGGAAUUAAAGGAAUACCAAAAGUGGGAUAAAAUGAGGCGUUCAUUGGAGUACUGUAUUCAUGACAGAGAAUUAAAGGAUACCAAAAGAAAACUUGAUGAGUUAGAAGAAAGGUUGAGCAACUUUGAUGAAGACCAGAAGAAGUUGACAAGUGAACUCAAAGCAGCUCAAGAGGCUGCAAAGAGCAUAGCUAGGAAGUUGAAGGAUGCAAAGAAAGAGGUCCAACUGGCGAAAGAAGAGAAGGAGACCUUGAAUGUUGAGCAGCAACAGUUGUUUAAGGACAAAACCAAACUGGAGCUGACAAUCAAGGAUCUGUCAGAUGAAGUCAUGGGUGAUGAUAGGUCAAAGGAUCGGGCAGAAAAUGAACUGAGAAAGUUGACAGAGACAAUUGCAUUGAAGGAGGGUGAAUUGGAGAAACUGAAACCUCUGUAUGAAGCCCAAAAGAAAAAGGAAGAAGACUGUACCAGAGACCUUGGACUAAAAGAACAAAAGAGAAAGGAGUUGUACGCUAAACAAGGGAGAGGAAGCCAAUUCACUUCUAAAGCUGAUCGGGAUAAGUGGAUUGAAAAGGAAUUAAAAUCACUCAACAAACAGAUUAAGGAUAAAAGUGAACAUCGCGAUAAGCUGGCAGAAGAGUUAAAAAAGGAUGCUGAGAAACAAGUGCAACUGGAGAAGAAAAUUGAGGAACAAACAGCAGAGCUGGAGAGACAGAGAGCAGCCAUUGACGACUACAACAAGCAGCAUUACGAACACAAGAAGAACAAAGAUCAAUAUCAGAGCACACGCAAUGAGCUAUGGCGUAAAGAGAAUCAGCUGCAGCAUACUCUGACGUCUCUCAAAGAAGAACUAGCCAAAGCUGACCAGGCCCUAAGGAGUAUGGCAGGGAAGCACACGGUGGCCGACAUGAUCCAUGAGAUGUCAAAGGAGGCUCAGUUCAUCACAACCACCUUCAGGCCAGAGCUGCUUCAGCACGCCAAUAAAUUCUAUGGUGUCAAAUUCAGGAAUAAGGUGAGUCACGUUGAGUGUGUGACCAGAGAAGAAGCCUAUGACUUUGUGGAAGAUGACACGACUCAUGGCUAAACACUGUAUUAUAUCAAACACUAUUUUAAUGUAUGAAAAGGCUUGUAAAUAUUGAGAGAAUGGGUGAAUGAACGGGUUUCUAUAUUAAAUAUUUUUGAGCAUCUUUAACCUUAGAACUGGUAGUUGUUUUUCUCUAACUGGCAGGCUGUUUUUGGUUGAUUUGCAAACUUUUUGUAUAAAACGUGUAAAAAAACUUUCUUAACUGUAAACAUAAUUAUGUAUAUUUGGUAAAAUUUUGUUCAUAAAGAACUAGAGAAUACUAUGAUGUGUUAUACAAAUCCUUAAUAUAAAUAUUCUAAACUUUCCUUGUAAGACAAAGUUUUGUAAAAAAUAAAAAGUGGUGGAAUAUAACUUGGAAACAUAAUUAUGUAAAUAAAUUUAAAAUUCCAAGAUAACUAAAACAUUCAAAAUUUAUUCUAGUUAUAAAAAUUGUAGUUUUACAUGGCAUUAAAAAAAUAUGUGCUGUAUAUUAUGUACACUAAAAAUAGUACUUGAAAUCAUUGUUACCAUGGAAAUAUACAUUUUUAACAUAUAAAAUUAUGAAAACGUAUAAAACAUCAAUGACAUCACAGUAAAUUCUUUAACAUCUAUCAUAUAAAUGUAAGUAUAAAAGAUAAAUCAAUAAAUACAAUUUAUAUACUUCUAAACAGUUACGAAAACAAGAACAUGGUGACAAAAAUACCAUUAGUUACAAUGCACGGACCAACAAAAUGAAUAUUGCUAGUUUUUGGUAACUUGUACAAUCAUUAACAUAAAGUAAAAAUGAAUAUGUCAUGUUUCCAGUAGUAUAUAAAUUAUAUGGAUUUUUGAGUACUGUAAUAAGUGAUGAAUGUGAGCGAUUUCAAUGAACAGAUCUGUUGGUGUCAGUUAAGAUAACAAAAGAUCUGUAAAAUGAUAGUUUUAGGGUUAAAGAACUUAUAGUUUAUUUUACCUGCCAUUUGUCCAUGUCGGCACUAGUAUGCUAAUCCAAAAAUGGCCUGCCACUGUAGGAAAUUUUAACUGCCAUUUCAAAGGUUAAAGUAUAAGCAGGCUCUGUUAAGCUGUGUCCAUAAUAAAGAAAAAUAUUUUUAAAAACCAGUGGCAUUCAAACCAAGAGAUUGUGUUUAGAUUUAUAUAAAAUAAUAACUCUAAGUGUAAAGUUAUAGUUCAUCAAGUCUUAAAAUUAGUGUGUAAUAGAAUAAAGAAUUAGUUCAUUUUUUAUUUAAAUUAUUGAUUUAUUGAUGUAACCUUCAUCUUAUUACAUAUUCUUUAAGAUUAAAGAAUUAUACAAAAUUAUUUUAACUCUUAGGUAACGUAACAUUAUGAAUGGUGUAAACUUCAUAACAAUACCUAUUAGUAUAUAAAAUGACCAAUUAGUACAGUGCAUUUUGUGAAUGAACUAGAAUCUAUAGGCCUUCUAUGAAGUUAAAAUUAUAAGGAAUUUACUUUUUAUUUCUUUAGUUAGAAGUUAUGUUGAUAUUCUCAAAUUCAAAUAAUUAUAAUGUUGUUUAAUUGUUCUUUAGCAUUCCUUUUAUUUUCUGUAAUUUAAAUGUAAACUAGAAAGUUAUCGGGAUAGAUUUUUGUGUGCGUGUGUAUGAAUUUUUUUAUGUAAUAUUCUACUUUUAAAGAUAUAGUUUAGUAAAAUAAAAUACUUUGUAUAAGAUUUUGUAUAAUACAAAUAAAUAGUUUUUAAGUAUUAAUUAUUUUUGUGUAUUCUUUUUAGGGAUUAAGUUCACUCCUUUUGUUUAUGUAAUAAACACUGAUUUGACACU